GAGGUCGCUCAAAAUCAAGGGAGCGGCCACCUCGAGGAAUGUAAUCGAGGAUGCUGGCCCUGAGGUUGCUCAACGUGGUGGCCCCCGCCUACUUCCUGUGCAUCUCCCUAGUGACCUUCGUGCUGCAGCUCUUCCUCUUCCUGCCCAGCAUGCGCGAGGACCCUGCAGCCGCCCGGCUUUUCUCGCCCGCCCUGCUCCACGGGGCACUCUUCUUAUUCCUCUCAGCCAACGCCCUCGGCAAUUAUGUCCUGGUCAUCCAGAACUCCCCAGACGACCUGGGCGCCUGCCAGGGGACCUCGGCCAGAAGGGCUUCGUGCCCCUCGCCCAGCACCCACUUCUGCCGAGUGUGCGCUAGAGUCACCCUGAGGCACGACCAUCACUGUUUUUUCACCGGCAACUGCAUCGGCAGCAGGAACAUGCGCAACUUCGUCCUCUUCUGUCUCUACACCUCUCUGGCCUGUCUCUACUCCAUGGUGGCCGGGGUGGCCUACAUCUCCGCGGUCCUCUCCAUCUCCUUCGCCCACCCCCUGGCCUUCCUCACGCUCCUACCCACCUCCAUCAGCCAGUUCUUCUCCGGAGCUGUCCUUGGUUCUGAAAUGUUCGUCAUCCUCAUGCUCUACCUCUGGUUUGCCAUCGGCCUGGCCUGUGCCGGCUUCUGCUGCCACCAGCUGCUGUUGAUCCUACGGGGGCAGACUCGCCACCAGGUGCGGAAGGGGGUGGCAGUGAGGGCCCGGCCCUGGCGCAAGAACUUACAGGAGGUCUUCGGGAAGAGGUGGCUGCUAGGUCUGCUGGUUCCCACACUCAAUGUUGGAAGCGAGAGCUCCAAGCAGUGGGAUAAGUAA